CACCCAACAUAAGCAUGAGAAUUCAGUGGACUAUAGAACCAUCUCAUAACACUGGCAAACACCUCUGCCCCAGAAGACAUGGGGUUUUUGAGAAGGGUGUAAUUGUAAUGUAUUUUGUGUUUGUGUCUGGUUUUCUGGCGUGUUCUAUUUUGCAUAGUGAUGAUGGGGUUUUUUGGCUUUGAGUGUGAAGAAUGAGAUGGCAAUUUUUUGUGUUGUGGGUUUUUGGCUUUGGCAAAUAGGACUACUGUUUUUUGGGUUUGGGGAUUCAAGUCAAAAGAAGUUCAGUCAAGCAAAAACCCCUUCUCUCCCUUGCCCCACAGGAAAGUGAAAUUACACACACAUUGUCCCCUUAGAUUCCUUUCUUUUCUAUUUGAAAAACCCACUUCCUCACUCACUCCUCUCUCUCUCUCUCUCUCAUUUCCAAAAUCAGUUUUGUGGGCCACCCUUUGUUUCUUUUGUCAGGAUUCUCUGGGGCUAACCUCAAAAUGACUGGAAAACAAAAAAAAAUUUAACCAAAGCCCCCACACAUCAUAAAAGAGGAGCAACCAAAGAAUAACUCUCUUAUAUCUCUCUCCCUCUCUCUUCACCCACUCUCUUUAAGAGCUUCCCCUCUCACUUUGAUUUUUCUUCCUCAGAUGAGAACAGUCAUGGCAUCAAAACCCCAAGACUCCUCUUCUUCAAAGAGACACUUCCACUGGACAAAGAAGGUUGGAAAUGAAGAUGAUGAUGAUUAUGAUCAUGAAGUCAUCCCAAGCCUCAAGUCCUCUUCUUCCUCAAAGGAAGUGAAGAAAGACCACCACCACAACAACAACAACAACAACAACAACAUUGGGAAAGAGUUUAUCUCUGGACCAGAACCUCAAGUUGUGGCUUCACCACAAGCUCCAAGAAGAAAGCUUCCACAAGUAGCCGUUGCAAGGCUGAGGUCAGUACUAACUGCCUUUGGAAGGAACCGUUCAAGCUUGCCUUUUGGUCUUGGUCCAAGAGUUGUUGGCACCCUUUUUGGCUCUAGGCGUGGCCAUGUCCAUUUUGCAUUUCAAAAGGACCCAAACUCACAGCCAGCUUUUCUAAUUGAGCUUGCCACGCCCAUCAGCGGUUUGGUCAAGGAAAUGGCAUCUGGGCUUGUCAGGAUUGCCUUGGAGUGUGAUAAGGAAAAGGAGGAGGAGAAAAAGGGCGUGAGAUUGUUGGAAGAGCCAGUUUGGAGGACAUAUUGUAAUGGCAAGAAGUGUGGGUUUGCCACUAGGAGGGAUUGUGGGGCCAAGGAGUGGAAGAUUUUGAAGGCUGUGGAGCCAAUUUCUAUGGGGGCUGGUGUGUUGCCUGGGAUUGAAGAUGAGGCUGGCUCAGAUGGUGAACUCAUGUACAUGAGGGCUAAGUUUGAGAGGAUUGUGGGGUCCAGAGAUUCUGAGGCUUUCUAUAUGAUGAACCCUGAUAGCAAUGGAGCUCCUGAGCUUAGUAUCUAUUUGCUUAGAGUUUGAGCCUGCCAAAGUUGAAGUCUCAGUUUCUGAAUUAGUCAAAAUUUCCAUUUUGGGGGGCAUGGAGAGAUACUUAAAAGAGUGAUUAAUCUAAAGUGAUACUUGUUUUAGCUCUUCAAUCAGUAAGCUUGAGGAGCACUAGAUGUACCCAAGUAUUGCUUUUUUACUUUUUUUUUUUUUUUUGGGUAUAUUUGGAGAAAAAUGGUUAAGUGGGGUUAUUGUAUUUUGUUAGUUUAGGUGGAGGGCAAUACAUUGUAACAUGAUGGUUGGUGGGGUCAUGAGGGUAAGGUGUAUAUGUAUAGUUUCUUCUUUUUGCAAUCCUUUAUUAAGUGAUGAUGAGACAAAGAGGCCAAUGCAAUCAUGACUGUCUUUGCAUUUUGGCUAAUUUUCUUCCUCUUUUCAUACAGUGCUCAUUUUGGUAUGGAUUUACCUUUCAAUAUGGAUGGGGACAACAAAUGGAUGGACCAAUUCCAAACUAGAAAAAGAAUCCUACUUCUAUUUGUGAUUUUGGGUGCUUCUUUGUUUUGGUAUUCACUCUGCUUCCUUGUCAAUACACCCAACAAAA